AUUUACUGUCAAAAUGUCAUUAACAGAAAAUAUUUAGCAGAGUUCAAUUUACGUAAAUUGAAAUUAACCAUAAAAUUUUAUACCAUUUUAUGUUGCAUUAAUUUGCUAAUAUUGAGAUUUAGUCUGCUAUAAAAUCACACAAUCACUAUGAACCCUAUGUCGAUGGACAGGGACGAGCCAUCAUCUCUUCUAUCGGUAGCAACAAACCACCCUUUAGAACAAUUUGUACUACUAGCCAAAGGCGCUAAGGGAUCAGGAUGCGCAGAAUUGAUCAAACAAGUACUCGAAGCACCGGGAGUACAUGUAUUUGGAGAGUUAUUAGAAAUGCCAAAUAUCAAAGAGCUUGAAACUGGACCCUACGCAAAACAUUUGAAAACGCUUAAUCUCUUUGCAUACGGAACUUACAAAGACUAUCUUGAAAAUAAGGCUGAAUACUUGGAGUUAACUCCCGCACAGUGCAAAAAGCUGCAACAUCUCACAAUCGCCACAUUAGCUACGCAAGAGAAAUGUAUCCCAUACAGUGUGCUGCUUAAAGAGUUGGAUAUCAAAAACGUUAGGGACUUAGAGGAUUUAAUUAUAGAAGCAAUAUAUGCAGAUAUAAUCCACGGUAAACUGGAUCAAGAGUGCAAACGCGUAGAAGUAGACGUGGCACUCGGUCGCGACGCGAGGCAAGAGGAUGCCGCGGCGAUCGCAGACGUUCUGGCUGAUUGGUGCAACGCAUGCGAGGCUGUGCUCAUAUCUGUAGAUAGGCAUAUUGUGCGAGCGAACAAUCACAAGCAGAGGGCUAUACGACACCAGCAGGGGAUUGAUCAAGAGAUAAUGUACAUAAAGAAAACAUUAAAGACGCAAGCAGAGAAUGACGAAUCUGCGCCCGGCGGCGGCAGUGAAUCUCAUUCGGCGCCAAAGAAGAACUCUGGCAAGGGGAAAACACCGCGCAAUUCGGCGAAGUUCUGGCAGAAAACCACAUAACGCUCAUAAUUUGUAUAUAACACUUGUGAUAUAAUAAAAACUUAAGUACUGAUGCAUGUA